UCUCCUCGAGAUACGAAUUCAAUCAUGCCAGAAAUCAAAAAAUUAAUAUAAAAUCGUAUACUUUGAGUUGACCCAUGGCUCAAUAUCAGACCUGGUCUUUGAGCAGGAUAAUCUGAUCGGAGUUUUGAGGAAAAUGGAUGAAGCUCUUUACAAAGCAGUGGUGACUAAUGACAGACCGGCUUUUCUUGGUCUGGUUCAGGAAAACAACUCACUGCUUGGGCAGAGAGUUUCUGGGUAUGAAGACACCGUGUUACACCUCGCGACCAGGCUUGGCCACACUGAGUUGGUAUCUGAAAUCAUCGGGUUGAGUCGCGAAAUGGUUUCAUCUGAAAAUUUCAGAAGGGAAACUCCAUUGCAUAUCGCCUGUUUCAAUGGCAAUUUUGAGAUAGUCAAACUCCUCUUAGCCGUUGACCCUUGGGUGGCUUCAAGGCUUGACUGUGAAAAUCAGAGUUCAACCUUCUUAGCUUGCAUUAACGGUCAUCUCGAUGCAGCAGAGCUAUGUUUGCAGCAACCAGGAGUUGUGCCAUUUGAGGAGACCAAAGCUGCUUUGUGCCUUCGAGUCACCAUUGCCAAAGGAUUCACAGGUAUAGCUAAGAAAUUGCUUACCCUGUAUCCCAACUACACUUGGAAGGCUGAUGAGAAUGGAUUUAUUCCAUUACACUAUGCAGCUCGUGAAUCAAAUUUUGAGAUUACCAAAUUGAUAUUAGAGCAAGAUUUUAGCCUUGUUACACAGUUUAAUAAUCAUGGUUAUACACCAUUGCAUUUGGCUGCAGCAGAAGCGGCAACUCAUGAAAUUCUUAAAGAAUUUCUAUCACGUGCUCCAUUGUCUUUCAAUGUUUUUACAAGAGAUGGAGAUACAGUGUUUCAUCUUCUUGCCAGAUCUGGAAAAGUAGAUGCCUUUAAGUUUCUAGCACCAAUUUUCAACAACAACACUAAUUUACUGCGCCAGUCAGACCAGUAUGGAAAUACGGUCUUACAUCUUGCUCUCUGCGCACAUUGCUAUCCUUUGGCAGAGUACAUAAUCAAUGAAACAAGAGUGGAUCCUAAUCAGAGAAACGUGGGAGGAUAUACAGCUAUGGACAUUCUCAACCAGGCAGAAAAAACCCCACAAAUCCAGCACCUUCAAGAAAUAUUGGAACAAGCUUGUAGGAAGAUGAGUCAACCAGCUGCAAUUAAAGUCAUGAAUGCUCAUACUUGGGCACCGGAUGAUAGAGCAGACCCAGUUGUUUAUCCAGGGCAAAAUGUUAUGACAAAUGGUGAUCUCAGUGUUGAUGGUAAGCAGGACUUGAAAAAUACAGAAGAUAUUUAUGAGGAAGAUGCUGAUGUUCAUCAGGGUGAUUAUAAUUCUUCCUCAUCUGAUCGAAAAUCGAAGGAGAAGAAGAGAAGAAGAAGUCAUCAACACGGAAAGAAACAGCCCCGUCAGAGACCAAAAGAUCCAAAAGUGAAAGAUCGCAAGGAUCGAACAAGGAGUGAGAUUUACACAGAAGCAAUGCAAAAUGCUAGAAACACAGUGUCAUUAGUAUGUAUUUUGAUUGCCACAGUGGCUUUUACCGCGGGAAUGAACCCUCCUGGUGGUGUAUUUAACGAAGGACCCCUUACAGGGAAGACAACAGUAGGCAAAAAGAUGUCGUUCUUCAUAUUUCAAGUAAGCAACAACCUUGCUCUGUUCUUGUCAUUGGGCAUUGUCAUUUUUAUCCUAACUGUAAUCCCUAAAGAGGAAAAGCCACUGAGGAAAAUACUGGCAAUCACUCAUAAGUUCAUGUGGGCAGCUCUGGUGUGCAUGGCAGUAGCCUAUGUUGCUGCAACAUGGGUGAUUUUACCACGCAAUGGUCUAGGUAAAUGGGAGCUUGGUAUUCAACUGGUUAUCAUUUGUUCGACUAUGGGAAUCCUAGUUGUCUGGUCAGCUUUCCUGUCUUUGAAACAAUGGCGGGUAAACAGGAAUAGGAAGAAGAAGAAGAAGAAUGAAAAUGGAGGUGGAAAUAUCAGAAGGGUUCAUGUCCCAUCGGGGAAACAGCGUCCGAGAUCUGGCUCUGACUGUUGUUGCUAUUCUUGUUUGGCUAAAAUUAGUUGUUAUUGUUCUAAUAGUAGUUCCUCAGGUUACUGCACAAUUGUGAGCUCUUCUAAUUAAUGGAAUAUUUAUGAAUAAUUCCUGAACAUUGAAGCAUGUCAACAUUUUUUAUUUCUUUGUGUGACUAUAAUUCAAAUAAAAUUAUGCAGGAGUUUGUUUCUUUGCUUCA